AUGGCCGAUCAGACAAGUGCUGCUGUUGCUCAACUUUCAAUGCGAGACCGCCGGGCGUACCGGGAAUUCAGACGGCCCUAUUUACCUCCACUCAUCAACGCAACACACCAGCCAUUCUUCUCGCUGGAGAACGCCGCGUUGUGGAUUACAGCGUGGGGACUCGAGCUGUUCCUCCUCUGGGAUGACUCCGAGGUCGACGUCGCCGCUUUUGACGCCGAAGCAAUCCGUGGCGAUGAUCUUAUAUCGUUCCGUGACACGAUUUUGCCUCCCGAAUAUGCAGUCCACGAGUUCUUCUCGCUGGACAACGCGAUAGUCUGGGUCCUCCCGACCGCAUAUGCGGCAUACGUCGCGUUUUCAAACUCCCGACAGCGUGGCCGGCCUGCCUUAAUUCGACAGCGCGGCCGGAAUGCAUCUAGCCAGGCAACAUCUCCAGCUCCCUCUCGUACGCGGACCUCAUCAGCGUCGUCUCGCGCCGCCUCAGUGCUCUCCCGUCAUUCCGAAUUCGCUCUUCCGUCACGCUCGAUUUCCCGUGCUAGCCACCACUCGCGGUUUCCUCCUUCGGUCGGUACUGGCAGCUCUUUACCCCCAACGCGAGCGGCCUCGAUUAGCAGCUUCUCUCGCCAGUCAUCUCGUCGAUCGCUCUCCAAUGACUCCGCCAAAUCUCCUCGUUCUUCGUCAAUUGACCCUGCCUUCAUCAUCCAGCGACAGUCGCGCAGCCGAUCUGGGUCACCCGACCGCAAAAAUGAGCCAGCCUUUCCCCUUCGCGUUCUUCUCCCCGAGGUGCCAAAAACGGUCGACUCUCCGGUACGGCGCAAGAAGUCACCUUCCACAGGCCGACGAAGGGGCACGCAAGCUUCUCAGCCCAACGCUGGCCAGCGCUUCCAGAUGACGCGCGAGCUCAGCAUUGAGCGAGUCAUUGACAUCGACUCAGUACCCCCCACAUGGUCAAUUCCGCGGGACGAUGCGGUUUAUCGUCUUAAACUCGCUGAACCACCAAAUGUGCCGCAGGGAACAAACCGAAAACGCCAAAAGGCCAAGGAAUGGACUAUUGAUGGGUAUAUCAAACACGAGGACCAAGACUCGUGGGGAGGCGGUAGUGCAGGGCACAAGGAUGGCGACGUCUGGGUCACAGGUUUUGCCGAUGACCUGGAUGUCGAGGUGUGGGCACGACGAUCAAGCUACCAUUGCAAUGGGGUUAAUGUAUGCGAACUCGUACCCGAUGAGAUUUUCGCAGAUUGCGAGCGGUACGAUAUUGAUGUAAACGCCAUGCGAGAGCUCUGGCAGCAUGAGCUUGACUCGAAAGAGCGCGAAGCAUCAUCAUAUGGCAGUUUAUUAUUGCGGUUCUAUGCCCGUGUCAUGAACACCAAGUGUAAGCGCAAGGACUGUCCGGGGCAUGCAAUCAUGAUUCUCCUUUCCCAUGGCCCCAAUCAGCUCGGCAAGAUCUACUUUAUUGGUUGCUCGGAAUGGCAUCCAUCGCAGCGGUUUGAGCAUAUAUACAUUCCCAUUCCCGCCAACAUCAACGAAACCAUGUUCAAAUUCAUGUUCGAUAACAACGGCCAACUUCCGGCGGGGCUUUCGGUCACCGAUUCAGACACAUGCUAUAUCACUGCGCACCCGCGCGUGCACAUGUCUGUCUGCCCUGCGGGACACUCGGUAAUUGGCUUUGCGAUAGUCCCCAAGAUUAUUCCGCGGCCAUGUCUCGCCGAAAUUAUCAUGUUCAUUCCUGCUCCAUUUAAAGGAGUUGCGCCACCCGCAUGGCUCGACAAUAUCUGUUUAGUUUACCUUCGCAAUUUCCACAACCACCCAGCGCAUCCACACAGUAAGCCGAGUGUUGAGGAGGAGGCGCGAUUGGAGGCAGUGAUCAAUGCCAUUGGCGUUGAAGGACUUACGAACUCUCCGCUGACCGUUUUAGAUCCGUUAACCAUUGCUGAAUACAACGGUGAACGUCUCGGGAAGGCUAGUCCUGCCUUUGCUGAUGCACGGCGGGUCCAAGACUUCAUCAAAGCACAAACCCAAAGCAAAUAUCCAUUUGGCAUGGGAUGGGCUGGGGUUAUUCAUUAUCGAACAGAGAUUCAUCCUAAGCUGGACCCAUCGGAGCGUUACAUUCACACAGCAAUUGUGAAAGAUAACUUCCGCAUUGUCGUUACGAUGCAUCCGAUUCUCGCUCAGUAUAUCCAUCGAGUCCAGGCACUUUGCAUCGAUUACACAUUCAAGCGGAUCGAUGGGUCGAUGGACGAGUGGGAGAUUGUUGGGAUGCUGGAGCGUUUCAAUAAGCGUGUAUCAUUCGGGAGCUUAUACUGUGAUAGUAACACCACAGAUGCCUUCUUUCAUCUGUUUUCGGAAUUUUUCGAUGUCGUCAAGAGGCUAACUGGCACUGAAUUAGCCUUACGCGGUUUCCGCCCCGAGGGCACAUGUCGCGCAAUUGUCAUGGACGGUGAGGCAGCGCAGGCGCUCGGUUUGGGACAGUUUCUCGUCCAAUAUAACGACCCCGCGCUGAGUAACAUUCACUCGCGUGAUCCGAAGGAGUUAGUUUUGCAUAUAUUCAAGGGGUCACCAACUUCUAACACUUACUUCAGACACAUUGACAAGAUGCCGGAGUCGGUCCCGCGAUCCGUGAAAGCACGGCUUAGAUCCUUUCCGGGGCUCGCAACCCGGCAGGAAAUAGAUGGAUGGCAUGAAUUUGUUCGAGAUCGACCUGAAACUGUUAUCCAAAACUGGUACAAGCAUAAACUCAACAAUCCAUGGUUUUUGCCCUCGCUCAACAAGGUUCUUUCAUUUCUACAUCCCGACGACUUUGAUACUACCCCAAACGACUCUAAUCUGGUCGAAACUGCCCAUGCGGGGCGUAACGCGGAAACUUCAAUCGGUCUGCCGCUACUGUCUGGAAUAUUGACGGCUCGCGAUCAAGCGAAUCGAACAGCAGAUGAGUUUACUCAGCUCGAAGAUGGGGGACCCGACGCCAUCAUGGCAAACCGAUGGAACACCAUUGGUCGGCGCGAAAAGAGAGCUGGUCAACGGCUUGUCUCGAAGAUGCGAAAACAUGCGACGCGUGAAGCCAUGAUCGAGGACUUCCAAACGUUGACGAAGGAGCGGCAGGAAGGAAAUGAUGAGUGGACAGCAUCUCUGACGCGAGAAAAGGCGGCGAAGGCAAGGAAGUCUCAGCUCAAGGCAGAGCUCAAAGGACAAGAGCUUAAGGAUGCGCAAGCCGCGUUGACAGCGCAAAUCAAACAGGAGACGACUGCGAGGCGUCGGUGGCUGGCGAGGAGAGGAGAAAUUGAUGAAGCACUUGAUGUUUUGCGAAAGGGUGAGCUUCGAGGAGCGCGAAUUCCGGCCCGAAGGGACUUGGACGCCGGCUUAGAGGUUGGCUCGGGGUUGGAGGUCAGCACGGCGCUCCAAGUAGGUACACUGGACAUGGCCGCAAUCGAUGAUUUUGACUUUCAAAUGAGUCCAAGAACGGCCUCGGCGAUUGCACGUGCAAUGGACGAGUAUGAAAGAGAACACGGGGCUGUGCUCACGUCGGAGUUGGCGACCUUAGCCGCCCCUGCGAGCAUGGUAGCAAUGCCGCCCGCAGCAUCUGAGCCUAAUGGCGGCUACACUGGCAUACCACGCAUGGAUGCAAGCGGUUUGGAAUCACUUUCGUCUCCGGAUGGCCGGACCGAAGUGUCUGGUGACACUGUUGGUCUUCUUGACACCAGAAUCGUGGCUGCACCGACUGAAGCAGAAUCACUGACAGAGGCUGCUCACCCUGCGGGCCCGUCCACCUCUGACACAACUCCAGAGGAGCCUCGGAAGCGUCGUCGUGCUGCUACCACAACAACCAUUGAGUUCGAUGCCAAUGACUGCCGCAAUAUCACUCGGGAGCGAAACAACUUCCGAACAGAGCUCAUCAACCAGAAACUUGCUGUUGGUGUUGGCAAGCGUGACGCACUCUUUGGAUGGCUCAAUGAAGCCCUUAUGCGACUGCACUCAGAGACUCUGAGGGGACGCAAAACGCACAAGAGCGCUGACUACGAAGCACUCUCAUAUUAUUGUGCCUACGCGUCGGUCUUUCGGCAUUGCUUAGGCUCCGAUCUCUGGCCCGAGGAACACUUCGAGAUAACCCAUCCCCGCUGGCGCCACAAUUUUGUUGUCAAUUCUGGGUAUCAUGCUGCACUCAAAGGUGACAUUCAACUGUGGUUUGAGUGUCAAAUCAACACAAACUAUACUGAAAGCGUGGCCUGCUGGCGCCAGCGUGACUCGGAUCGCUUUUGCGACUCGUCUACGGCAUUCCUUCACGACUACAUUCUUUCGCUUCCAAUGGUUUUGAUCAUUGAGUUCAACCACGAAGCAGGCAAGUCUUGGAAGAUACCGCCCGAACUAUUCCCACUUGAGGCGAAAAAAUUCAAGGCACCGAUGGUAGGCGUCCGGUACGAUAUCAUAGGACUUGCCUUCUCCGAUGGCGAUCAUUUUAUUUGCCGGUAUCGCACGCCAAAUGGUCUUAUUUUUGACUACGAUGGGAUGAAGCUAAGUGGGCAUGCUGUCCACCGCCCGAAAGCGAAAACUAUCAGCGGUUGGCUAACCGGCGACUCUCAAUCACUCAAGGAGACUCCCGAAGGCUAUUACCUUGUUGGUCUGGUGUAUGUUCUGGUCGGGGCCGAGCAAGCACAGCGUACCUUCGAGAACGAGCGGCGCCGCCAAGCUCCACAUGGCAUUACCUUCAACACUGCUGAAUCACCUCAUCCGCGUUUCCCCUGGGCUGCCAACCAUCCAACGUGGUCCCUUGUUGAUGAGGACUUGCGGGAGCAAUGGACCACCACUGCCCAUCGGCGAGAUACAGCUGAGUAUCAGGUUGGUUCUGCAAAUGACUCACCAAAGAAGUUACCAGCAAGGCGUCAGCCGAAGGUCUGGCGGAAGAGAGCACAACCAGAAAGUACUCAAGAUCUCAUUGAACCUUCCGACUCCGAUGAUAUGGCGCCAGACAAGUCUGUUCGAGCAACGAGCAAGCCACUCUCGGAGCUGUCCGACCUCACUCCAUCGAAUUCAAGUCACGACGAGUCUGUUACAAAAUUACUGCUUGACACCCUCGACACACCGCCCGCUGCAGAAGGCUUGGAUCCAAAUGUUUCGACGGAAACAGGGCCCGAAACACCGUGUCCAUUGAAUUGUUAUGGUUGCGGCACGAUGACAGACGGCGAUAGUGAGCCAGCGGUCCAGUGCGAGGACUGUGGCUUCUGGACUCACGAAGCAUGCCUUUCCCAAUAUCUUGGUUUUGACGCGUACACAGACUGGGGAGAUCCCGAUGUCUCCUUCAAGUGCCGCAAAUGCGCCCCGCGUCCCGAGAAACUGUGA